GUUUUUUGGGGACACAUUUUCGUGGAUUUCAGACUACAUUUUGUUUAAAAGACACGUAUCUGUGUAUUUUUUAAUUCAGUUUAUGGUCUGUGUCGAAAUCCAACAAGGCUGAACUGUUAUUAGUGCCAUUGUGGAACUCUGGUUAGAAGUGAAUAAAUGAGAGUGAGCAGCCUCUUCAGGGGAACCUCAUUGCUGGUUCAGGUCAAAUGGAUUCCAACCAUCGUAAAGUAGACCCCAAGAGCGAAAUGACAAUGGAGACAGUGCCUGGGAACCUGGAGAACAUUGCCAAGUUUGCCCGUGAGAAAAGUAUAGAAGGAAGCCGAGUGUCGUCUGUGAGUACAGCGAUGGAUCGUCGUCAACUACAACCAGCAGGGUCAUUGGAGGCACUCACUCCUGAUAACCCUCCACAACAUUAUCAGGAUUACAGCUUGGAUGUUCCUGUUGAUGAUUACGAGACAGAUUCUGAUCUGAAUUCCGAGGAAUGCUGGGAUAGUGAAGAUGAUCGAGAUAGCAAAGUGGUAAUCAGUAAAAGUGACACCAGGCAAAGAGUUGUAAAUGCCAACCGUGAAUGUCAAGACCAGGAGAGACAACUAGUGUCCCUGAACACAGAUGAUGGUAUUGAAGUGGACAGUGAAGAAGAACGUGACAUAAUGAAGGAAAUUCGUGCAGAGAUACAAAACCAGGUUAGACAAGACCUGAAAGAGGAGAUUGACGUCUACCAAAAAAAGUUAGAGAUGUUAGAAAGGGAAGUAGAAGGGAACAAGGGAGAUGAUCCAGAAGAGGAGAACAUUAGCAGCACUGAGAUAGACCCUAAGCUCAAGGCAGCCAUACUAAAAAUGAGAAAACUGGACAGAAUUUUAUCUAAGAAGAUGAAAAAGGAAAAGGAAGUUAAACGAGAAAGAUUUCUUCUUCAGAAAAGACUACGAGAAGAACUUGAGCAGAUCAAACCAGAGGGAAGGGACGACAGUCGAGAGGUCAAGGCUAAUAUGGAGAAGUUCCUAAUGCUGGCUCUUCCACCCAGUCAUAAUGAAGGUGUAGAUGUAGAGAACAUUCCACCCCAGUCACCUGUCACACCUGUCUUCCACACCCAGCUGAAUGAAAAGGAGUUUGAGGAUAGGGCUUGUGGUAAAAACAAAGCCCAGGGCAGAAGAGAGGUUACUGAGGGUUCAACAGUGCAGUCAUCAGCUGGCUCAUCACGAUCGUCACUGUCAGGGAGCUCUCGAGUCAAUGAAAACGAUGACCAGAAACUCCAAAACAAGAAAAAGAAAAGAUCAAAAGACUUUAUAAAGAGGAACAAACAGCUGGCAGGCGAUGCUGAUAAUCCAAUCCCAAUGACGGAUGAUGAAAAGAAGAGGAUCAGUGAUCUUUUGGGAGAUCUGGAUGAGAUCCCAGACAUACCAGAGCCUGAUUUCGACCAGACAUUGAAUACAGCCUGGGUAAGUGAGAACCCGUUUCAAAUCAGCCUACAGACAGGGGAGGGUUACCUGCCUGAACCCGAGGAUAAGUCUGUGUUAGAGAGGAUAGACAGUCAAUUGAGGAUGCUACUGCCUGAGGAAGAAUUUACAGCCAUGUGUUCCUCACAGUACACAUUCGACAGACAGAGACUGCUGUCUACACGAGCCACAGUGUUAAGCGGAUCUGAGCUAGAGUUUGACCGUCUUGGGGAGAAGGCUUUACAAGAGAAGCGAGACGAGCGAGAUCUACAGACCAGGCUGCGGAGGAUAGAAGAGGAGUUAAGCCGACUGAAACAUCCUAAUGAGGAUAUAGAGCUGGACACUCCUAGUCUUACUGAUGACACCCUCCAUGAUCUGAUUGACCAGUGUGUUAGAUCACUCUCUCGUACAACUCUUUCCACGGUGCGUGAAGGCCAGGACACACCCCAGUCAGACCUCCUGGAGAACCCACCCAGACUGGAGGAGCAUGUGCUACAAAGGCUGUUGUCUGAGGCCAGGGAGUCGCUGCCCAGUAGUAGAGUUGCCACGGAUAGAGAUGGCAUUAAUGAUGUCCGUAACCAUCACUUCACUAAAGAACUAGGAAUAGAGCCAAUAUCGCGGGAGACAUGGGAUGUGAUUUUAUCUCAUGAGAUGUGUGAUAGCGAUGGGGAUAUGCCGGUGCCUGGAGGGGACCUGGACGACAUCUCUGAGAGGUCUGAGGGGUCCACAGUGAGACAGUCCAGAGUACAGAAUGAUGUUUAUCACACAAGAGAGCCAGCAACAGGAUCACUGGAAGAAAACCUACACCAGCGGAGAAGUGACACUCCCCUCAGUAUUCAGUCUUUCCGUGAAAGCGAUGUGUAUGACUAUAACAGUUCUCGAGCUUCCAGUAUUCGUUUGUCGCGGACACCUUUCCUGCCAGAAAUUAGUCAGAGUCCCUGUUUAGUGUCACAAGGGGCAUCAGCUAAUGGUGUCAGGUCAUAUGACUCAUCAGCUCAGUCAGACUGGGGCGUGGCCUCUGUGGACAACUCCUUACCCCGACCCCCCAUGUCCGACAAACCCCAGAACUCAAAUAACAGCAGAUCACGCUCAUUCAUGUCACCACCAAGUAAAUCCUGACAGCAGUCAGUCUGAACUAUCCAUGUGAUGCAGGUAUCGGAUGUAUUGGCCGAGAUCGGAUGUAGGAGAUUUAGGGUUAGAGUCUGGACCCUUCAGAAAAUUGAGAUUUUAUUGGUUCUCGGUUAACUUAAGAAUGAAGUGUUUCUGUAACUUGGUAAUGGAAGCCCUGGCCAAUGUUACCUGGUCAUCAGCCAGAGCACUUGUCAGAUCUGUAAGGAGUCAUAUACAUAUAAACAUGUGGCCGAGUGGCUGAAGUACUUGUCUGGGGAGGUGCAGAUUGUAUACCAGUAGCUUGCCGAAGGUCGGUGUUUUACCCCGGGCACUCUGGUUCCCUUCACCACAAUACUGAUUGGCUUCAUAUAUACAGUGAAAACUUCAAGAUUAUCAUGCUGUAAUGUCACACCUGGCCUGAUUGUCAUGC